AAACAUUUUAAUAGUUGAGGUUAUGUUUAAUUGUGUUAAUUUUCCUUUGAUUUUUGUAUAUUUUGCAAAUAAUUGAAUUACAUAAUACAAUUAAUAUAGACAGACUAAUAACUGUUAUCAUCUAAAAUGCCUACUUGGAACCAAAUUCAAUCCCAACUUCGUAAUCCGAACAAUCCUGUGGUAUUUUUUGAUAUAACCGUUGGAACAACUGAAAUAGGCAGAAUGAUUUUUGAGCUAUUUGCUGAUGUUGUGCCAAAGACAAGUGAAAAUUUUAGAGAGUUUUGUACAGGAGAAUAUAGGAGGGAUGGAGUUCCACUAGGUUUCAAAGGUGCAACGUUUCAUAGAGUUAUUAAAGACUUCAUGAUACAAGGUGGUGAUUUUGUCAAUGGUGAUGGAACUGGUGUUAUGAGUAUAUAUGGAGGCAGUACAUUUGCAGAUGAAAAUUUUGCAUUAAAACAUGAUUCACCAGGCUUGCUUUCUAUGGCAAACAGUGGAAAAGACACAAAUGGAUGUCAGUUUUUCAUAACUUGUGCUAAAUGUAAUUUUCUUGAUAAUAAGCAUGUUGUGUUUGGAAGAGUAAUAGAUGGACUUUUAGUCAUGAGAAAAAUAGAAAAUGUGCCCACUGGUCCAAAUAAUAAACCAAAAAUACCUGUUACAAUAUCACAGUGUGGACAAAUGUAAAUAUAAAGCUUAAUUACA